AUGGCUGCUUCCGAAGGGAGUUCAAGCUGGAGCACCCCAGAAGUUCACAAACACCACGAGCAACAAACAGUUUGUCACACAAGACCCAAAUACAGAGAGGGGAGAAGACCGAAGGCAGUUAAGGUAUACACCAUCAACCUGGAAUCUCGUUUCUUGUUGGUGCAAGGAGUUCCAGCAAUAGGCGUGAUGACGGAACUUGUCCAGCUCUUCGCUCUCUAUGGGGCGAUUGAGGAGUACCGAGUGCUGGACGAGUACCCCGCGGAGCAGUUUACCGAAGUAUAUUUGCUCAAAUUCCAAAAGCUUCAGAGCGCAAAAGUGGCCAAACGAAAUCUGGACGAGAGGAGUUUCUUUGGUGGCUUGCUUCAUGUAUGCUAUGCUCCCGAGUAUGAAUCGGUGGAAGACACCAGGCAGAAAAUACAAGACAGGAGACGAUUUGUUACUAGGGCACUGCAAAAUAAAGCUAAAGAAUGUGACCACAUUGUUGAAAAAAGCAAAAUGGUUCCCACAUCAGAAGUGGCAGUGAGUGAAGAAAAGGAAUCCAGGGACAUUGCUGAGGAGCCAGAGAAUUUGACCACUGACUAUCUUUUUGGAUACCCUUUACUGCCCCCUCCUCCACAAGAGGAGCUUUAUCAGCCCUCAUCCUUUCCUGAAUCAACAUCAGCAGCGUCUUGGGGACACCAAGGCAAAAUUCAACCUGCAGAGGACAGAAUGGGGUCUACCUACCAUUCAGCUGAUAACUGUAAUCCACCAACACCCACUGAACCUCAACAGACACCCUUUUGUGGAAACACGCCAAUGGUUACCAGACAGAGAAAGGACAGUCGUCACACCGCCAGGUUUGUACCAAGGACGACACACUUACAAAACAGGAAGCGAAAAGUGGAGGAGGCCAGUCAGGACUCGCUGUUGGGCAUUGAGGACAAAAGUGAAACUCUGAUUGGACCGAAACUGCCAGAACAACCGAAGAUAGAUAUGGAAGACGAGUCUUUGAAUAUUACAGCUAAUUUAAUCAGAAGCACAAUGACUAAGAUUUCAGCAGUUCCAGAGCACAAGCCAGCAGUGCAGAAAACCACCAAACCCAAGCCACGAAGGAGGAUUUAACAGGCACUCCACGUCGUUAGAGGAAGAACAUCCCAUAAUACUGGAAACCAACAUAUCAGGGGUCUAAAUUACAGACGCCUUGCUGUAAAAGGGGUUGAACCAAAUGGGGUACAUCACCUUUAUGUAAAGGUGGUCUCAUUGUAUGAAAUUUCAACAAAAACCAUUUCUUUCCCAGAAUAUUG